AGAACGGGUUAUUAGACAACAAUCUCCAUUAUGGUGCUUACUCACGAAUUGGUGGCGACUUUCUAGUACUAAUAAAAAAAAGAAAGUAUAUUUUCCUAUUCGAAUUGGUCAAAAGACUAAAAUAAUUUUAAAAGAACGUGAAUUUUUUAUAAUAGUUAUUAUUAACUACUCUGAAAGUUCUUUUUUGGCUAGCUAUUAUUGUGAAAGUGGUUCUUUUUUCAGCAUAAAAUUGGAUCUGACAUCAGCAAUUUCAACGCUCUUAUUAAACAUACCAUUCAUUUCUAUAUCCUUUUCACUUGGUGAAUAUAAAAUUUUUAUUUUUGGAAUUGGUUCAUCUUCAAACUCUGAAUGGAAUUAUGCUGGACCGGGCUAUAAGUCGUCUCUUUUACGAACUACAAAUGGAAAACACGUAUUAUAUGUUUCGAAAAUAGAGGAUAAUUUUUGUGCUCUCGAGAUUUAUAAGGAUUUUAAUAUUAAAGACCGGAUCGAAGGUUCAUCUCCAAAUGAAGUGUGGCAAAGGCUAAAUAUUCAGAAGUAUACUGGAAUUCAACUUUUUGGGCUCGAAAACCCUGAAGUGCAAUCAUUCAUUCGCCAAUAUCAUGUUCUUUCCUGUUUGCCAAAUAAUUGGCCCGAUUAUGCUCUUAUGAAGUUUUUUUUUGACUAUCACUUAAAAAGAAGAACUCUUGCUGAUAUAAAUUGGCACACCUUAUUUCUUAAUUGGCAUAAAGAUCAAAACAAUAUUAUUGAGCUUUAUUCGAGUCUUGAAAGCCUCUACCCCCCGGAUUACCAAUUUAGCGAUCGCGAAAUAGGUGCUUGGCAUGCAAUGCUCCGUGCAUGUGGUUGUCAUAAUGUAACACCAUGGACACCUGAGGAAUCACAGGCAAGAUUUAAAAUCCUUCAAUAUCAAUUAUGGACGAAAAAUACACAACCAGAAAAUGAUCGUGCUAUGCUUCAACAAUUGUAUAGUUUAGGGUUUUUAAAUAGCUCACCAAGUCAUAUCCCUAAUAAAACUCGUAUUUUUUGGCAAUGUUUCAAUCAAGCACUAAUGGAUAACAAAAAAACAAGGGAUGGCAAAAGACGAGUUUUAUCAAUAAUUGCCAACGAUUUUAGUUAUUCGGAUUUAAAGACAAAUUUAGGUGAAAUGAUGCACGAAAUAGCUCAAAAUUUGCGACGAUAUCUGCGUAAAGAUUUUGCCACAAAUUUAAAAGUAUCACCAAUGGGAGUUGCUCUACAUUCGCCAUGCAUAAGCCAUUGUCUCCAACAAGCUUUUGAUAAUUGCAAUUUGGAUCAUCCUGAAAUUUGUAAAAAUUGCAACGAGUUGUUUACCUUGUUUAGUAAUUUAACGGCGAAUGUUGAUAGUGAAUUUCACGAAUCUUUAAUAGA